GGUGGCCACUUUGACAGUCUUCUCAUGCUGCCACCUUCUUGGCCAGAAGGUAUCAGUUCAACUCUAACACGGCAUGAUCGAAACAUACAGCCAACCUUCCCCCAGAUCUGUGGCCACAGGACCACCCGUCAGUAUGAAGAUUUUUAUGUAUUUACUGACUGUUUUUCUUAUCACCCAGAUGAUUGGAUCAGCAUUUUUUGCUGUGUACCUUCACAGAAGAUUGGACAAGAUAGAAGACGAAAGGAAUCUUCAUGACGAUUUUGUGUUCAUGAAAAUGAUACAGAAAUGUCACAAAGAAGAUGGGUCCGUAUCCUUACUGAACUGUGGGGAAAUUAGAAAACAGUUUGAAACCAUUGUCAAGAAUAUGAUGGAACAUCAGGAGGAACCGAAGAAGAAAGACGAAAACUUUGAAAGGCAAAAAGGUGAUCAGGAUCCUCAAAUUGCGGCACAUGUCAUCAGCGAGGCCAGUAGUAAAACAGCAUCUGUUCUACAGUGGGCCCCCAAAGGAUACUACACCAUAAGCAGCAACCUGGUAACCCUCGAAAAUGGGAAGCAGCUGGCCGUUAAAAGGCAAGGACUCUAUUAUAUCUAUGCCCAAGUCACCUUCUGUUCCAAUAGAGAAGCUUCGAGUCACGCUCCGUUCAUAGCCAGCCUCUGCCUGAGGUCCGCGAGUGGAUCCGAGAGAAUCUUACUUAGAGCAGCAAAUACCCACAGUUCCUCCAAACCUUGCGGGCAACAAUCCAUUCACUUGGGAGGAGUAUUUGAAUUGCACCCAGGUGCUUCGGUGUUUGUCAAUGUGACUGAUCCAAGCCAAGUAAGCCAUGGGACCGGCUUCACGUCUUUCGGCUUGCUCAAGCUCUGAACAGUGUAACUUCGCAGGCUGUGGCCCAGCCGAUGCUGGCAGUCUUCCUAAUACAGCAAAGCAGUUAAGAUCACCCUGUUGAACUGCCUAUUUAUAACCCUAGGAUCCUCCUCAUGGAGAACUAUUUAUUAUACACCCCAAGGCAUGUAAAGCUGCAAAAACUGAAUUACAGGGCGGGUGAAACUCACACGGGCCUGCUCCAUAAGAGCUUAUAUUCUGAAGCAGCAAUCCCACUGAUGCAGACAUCCAGAGUCCUAUGAAAAGACCAGGCCAUUAUGCACAGACCGAAUUCUGAGUAAACAGCAGAUAAUCAGCCAAGUUUAGUUGUGUUUCUUUGCAUGCAGUGUCUUUCAGUGGAUGAUGUAUUUGACUUAAUCAGUGAAGAUGUGGAAGGGAGACAGGGAGCCUCAGCUCGCAUAAUUAUGUUCGAUUCUGGGUUCCUGUGGCCCUGUGGCCCAGAUGGAGGGGGCAAGCUCUAGAAAGUCCAGUGUACUGGAGAACUGAAAAACCCUGCCCCCAUCACACACACACACAGUCAGGCUGUUGCUAAUCAGGUAUCCUAUUUCAACCCUGUCCUAUCUCCACCACUCUACCACGGGAGGGGGAAGCAGAGAGAGCAGCUGUGAGCCUGCCCACUCCUCCUCCCGAAAUGACUGUGUUUAAAGGAAAUCUAUUGUAUCUACCUGCAGUCUUCAUUGUUUCCAGAGUGAACUUGUGAUUAUCUUGUUAUUUAUUUUUUGAAUAAUAAAAAUCCCUUA